UUCAAGUGUUGUGUUUACAGAGGCUUGCAGAUCGCUCAAGCUCUCCAAGUUCAACUGGAAGUGCAGAGCAAACUUCAUGAACAGAUUGAGGUACGUACAACCAUUAAACCAAUCAGAGAUUCGUUUCUGAUUAUCAAUAAAGCAUCAUCAAUACAGUUCAAACUUCAAUCAAAUGAGAAUUUAUAUUUUCAGGUACAACGACAUUUGCAGCUGAGAAUUAAAGCUCAAGUGAAGUACUUACAGUCUGUCUUAAAGAAAGCUCAAGAAACGCUUGCAGGGUAUAAUUCUUCUCCUGUGGGAGUAGAACUUGCAAAAGAAGAACUUUCCCAGUUAGUUUCAAUGGUUAACAUUGGCAGCCUGAGUUCUUCAGUUUCAGAACUAAUAGAAGCAGGAACUUCAAGUUUAAAAGAUAUCAAAAGCAAACAAAUGAGAAACACAAUUUGCUUCGUGGAAAGCUCUUUGACAUCAUCUGAGAGUUUUGAAGCGUUUGCAGAGGGUGUGGUUUCAUUUUUCUUGUCUGUUAAAUAUAAUAAGUGUGGUUAG